AUGGCAACGGAAACAGCCGCAACGACGCAGCUGCGCCUCGCCUCGCCCAACGGCAUCAUCACGCGAACGGUCCUGAAAUCGCCCCUUCGCGAUGCUCUGCCCUCUGAAAUCCCCAUCAUCGACAUUUCGCCCAUCUUCAGCCCGUCUCUCAGCGAGCGCCAGGCCGUCGCCCAGCAAGUGCGCGCUGCGGCCCGGAACAUGGGCUUCUUCUACAUCAAGAACCAUGGAAUUCCCGAGGACGUGACGCAGGAUGCCUACGAGGCGUGUCUGGCUUUUUUCCGACAGGACAUGGAGACCAAGAUGAGGGCGACGUAUGAGAAUGCGAGAUGGGAUAACGGAUAUAGGGCGCCGGACACGCAGCGAUUGAACCCGUAUGAGGGGAUUGAUGUGCGGGAGUCGUUUUCGUAUCUCUACGACCCGCGGUAUGAUCCUACGGUUGGGGAGGAUGGGAUUAAGGAUAUACCAGAGGAGGUGAAGCAGCAUCUGCACAAUGAGGACUAUCCGUGGGAACAGACGAGCAACUUUCCGAGGCUGAAGGAGACCAUGGUGAGGCACAUUGGGGAGUGCUUGAAGCUGGCGAGGGCGCUGACGAGGUGCUUCGCGCUGUCGCUGGGGCUGGAAGAGGGCAUGUUUGAUGAGAAGGUGAGGUAUCCGGAUGCGUCGUAUGGGCUGAAUUACUAUCCGCCUAUUACACAAAAGGCUACUACUACGGUACUACAGGAUCACGAUGAUGGUGGUGAUGGGGAGAGAGUCUCGAUUGGCUCUCACACAGACUUCCAGCUCUUCACAAUCCUCUGGCAAGACUCGCACGGCGGGCUGCAAGUCCUCAACAAGCAGGGCCAGUGGCUCCGCGCGAGGCCCGUCGACGGCACGCUGGUGGUCAACCUGGGCGACUGCAUGCAGCGCAUCACCAACGACGCGUACGUGAGCACGGUGCACCGGGCGAGGAAUUACAGCGGCAGCGAGCGGGUGAGCAUUCCGUUCUUUUGGGGGUUUGGGCUGCAUGAGACGUGCAGCGUGGUGGUUGUUGCGGAGGGGGAGGAGAGGAAGUAUGAGGAUGUGAAGUGCGAUGACUGGGUGAGGAGGAGGAUUGAGGGGAUGCUGGAGCUGGGCAAGCUGGAGGAGAGUGUCGAGGAGAGCUGA